AUGGAAAGGUGGCAGGAACGAGUUCAGGCAAAACGACACGCUGCCCUAGAGAAAAUUCCAAUAGACUGGCGCUUACCAAAGGGCUUUCUCCAAAGCAUUAAAGCAUUAGAAAGUGAAUCUACCGACCUUAUCGCACUGAACGCCAUUCGAAGGUCUGGGUUGCUAUCUUCCUCGGAGCUGGAGAUUACCGAGAACUAUACAGCCUCUCAGCUAGUGAAGAAACUAGCAUCAGGAUCAUUUUCUGCAGAAGCUGUGACUCGCGCUUUCUCAAAAAGGGCGGCAAUUGCAGAACAGCUGACUUCAUGCCUCACCGAAACCUUCUUCGACCAAGCUAUUGAGAGAGCACGAUUCUUGGAUGACUAUCUCCAACGAGAAGGACGGGUAGUAGGGCCCUUGCAUGGACUACCCAUUAGCGUCAAGGAUAGUUACAAUAUCAAAGGGGUUCCGAGCACUAUUGGUUAUGUCUCAUUUCUGGACAAUGAACUGCCUGAAACAAAUUCGACACUCAUAGAUGUGUUGCUUCAGCUCGGCGCCGUCUUAUAUGUGAAAACCAAUAUUCCACAAUCAAUGAUGGUUGCGGAUUCUGAAAAUAAUAUUUUCGGACGCACGUUGAACCCAUUGCGAACCUCAAUGACUGCCGGCGGCUCGACAGGUGGUGAGGGAGCUCUUAUUGCUCUUCGUGGAUCUCUUAUUGGAGUUGGGACAGACAUCGGUGGUUCCAUUCGCGUCCCUGCAUUAUGUUGUGGUUUAUAUGGCUUCCGGCCUACGACUGGCCGAGUGCCGUAUGGAGGCAUUGUUCAUCACGGACUCCCUGGACACCCUGGAAUUCUAGCUACCGCCGGACCUCUGACAACAUCGUUGACCGAUACUGAACUGUUCCUUACUUCAGUGAUCUCCGCAAAGCCAUGGAAAUACGACUCGACUACUCAUGCAAUUCCAUGGCUUCCUGUGGGGGGAAAUGUAGCCUUUUCGCCUCUCAGAAUUGGGGUUCUUGCGGAAGAUCCUAAAUGGCCAUUGCACCCCCCAGUCCGACGUGCUAUUCAUGAUGCUAUUAGUCUCCUCAAAGACGCUGGUCAUAGCAUUAUUCAGCUAUCCCACGACGUUAAAAUCUCGGCAAGCACGGGACUUGACCUGUCCCUUCAAUAUUUCUCUCUCGAUGAUUCCAACACAUUUUUACGCCAUAUAGAGAAAGGAGGCGAGCCCCCUAUCAAUGCACUCAAAGUGCUAGGCUUAGACAAGCCCUCUACAAACCAUUCAAAGUGUACCAUCCAAGACCUUGCUGCACUAGACUUGAAAAGGGUGGGAUAUGGCGAUGCAUGGAGCAAGCAGAUAUUAGACCUCAAUCUUGAUAUUAUCAUUGGCCCUGGGGCACAGAAUACCGCAGUGCCUCAUGAUUCUUAUGGUCUCUUCCCAUACACUGUGAUGUGGAAUCUUCUCGAUUACCCUGCAUCGAUUAUCCCAUUUUCUCGAGUAUCAAAAGAGGCCGAUCCGGAGCCACUGGUCUUUGAGGCUCCUGCUCAAGGACCGCCUUACGAUCCGGAAAUACUUGAUGGCCUCCCAUGCGCAAUUCAAAUCAUCGCCCCUCGUUUCCAUGACGAGAAGUGUCUGGCAAUUUCGAAGGUUGUGGAUUCAAUCUUGAAUGGAAAAAGGUAGAGUAGCUUACAUAGGAC